AUGAUGAAUUAUUGGCGGUACGGUGGCGCUUCGGCAGUGUACUUGCCGUUGAUAGUGAUCCUCCUCGCAGGACGAUCGGAGUGCCGGGAACUCAGGCCGGCGGACCACGGACUGGAGACUCAGAGCAAUGCGACGGCGAUCACGGAGGAUUCGCCGGAAAUGCUGUCGUUCUUCGGCGGAGCGAGCACGUGGACUGCGGCGGCGAACAUGCCUUUGCCGGAGGCGAAGAACAUGAGCGGCGAGGCGUCAUGGUGGCGGCAGCAGCACAGAUCCGGCGGUGGAUGGAAGGAUCACUGGAGGAAGGGCCUGGUGGUGGCUACCGUGGCGUGCGGAGCGACCGGAAUUGGUUUUCUGCUCGUAGCGGCGUUGCUUUUCUUCUUUCAGUACCAAAAGAAAAGGUCCGGUGGAAGCGCCAAGUAG